AUGGAUGUGGAGGAGAACCGCGGCUCGGGGACGAACGAGAGGUCUGUGGAAGUCCCGAAGCCGCCCUCCAUCGAGGAUUUCACGGUGUUGAAGCCGAUCAGCCGCGGAGCUUUCGGGAAGGUCUACCUGGCUCGGAAGAAGAGCAAUGCGCGUCUCUAUGCUGUCAAAGUGAUGAAGAAAGCCGACAUGGUCGAUAAGAACAUGACGGGCCAGAUGAAGGCAGAGAGAGACGCACUCGCUCUGAGCAAAAGUCCCUUCGUGGUUCACCUGUUUUACUCUCUUCAGACAGCCACGAAAAUCUAUCUGGUCAUGGAGUACCUCAUUGGGGGGGAUGUCAAAUCUCUUCUUCACAUUUACGGAUAUUUCGAUCAGGACAUGGCCGUGAAAUUCAUUUCUGAGGUCGCCCAAGCUUUGGACUACCUUCACCGGCACGGUAUCAUCCACAGGGAUUUGAAACCAGACAACAUGCUCAUAUCCAACGAAGGUCACAUCAAACUCACAGACUUUGGCCUUUCAAAAGUUAAGCUUGAUCGAGAGCUGAGUUUAAUGGAUAUUCUCACAACUCCAUCCUUGGCCAAACCAAAGAAGGAUUAUUUCCGCACGCCAGGCCAAGUCCUCUCCCUCAUCAGCUCCCUUGGAUUUAAUACACCUUCGGGAGAAGCGAAGCGUCACUGCAGUGCAUCUGCUGUGUCCAGCCCCAUGUCCUGCAGUAAGAUCAAACAGAAGAAUAACUCGCUUGGCUCUCCCGUGGUGAAGUCAAAAGAGCAGCUGUAUUCUCCACGCUGCUAUCCUUGGAAGUUAGGACCAAACAGUGUUGCACUCGGUCCGCAUCAUUCGUCCAAAAAUCUGACUAAAUCCUUGCUGCAGAGCAGAAAGAGGCUUGAGACGAUGAGUGCAGGCAGCACCACCGACAUGGAGGGCUGCAUCAGUCCGAUGUGGGAGGGGGAGGGUGACGAGAAAGAAAAUGAACACAUCAGUGAUCAAAAGCUGAACAGACCGUCUGAAUCCAAAGACCCGGAGCGGGACCGUGUCCCUACAGCUUCAGGCACCGCUGGCCUCUCUGCGAAGAAGUCAAGCAACCCAUUGAGAUCAGACCGCCUCACAGCAAAUGGCUCUCAUAGCAGAAAACCUGUCUCUGUUCCCACAGUUCAGGAGGAUUUGUCUGUUUCAAUGAGACAUGGCUGUCAACCUGCAGUCCCCUCAUCAGUCAAAAGAACAUUUUCAGAUGUAGAAAGAAGUCCCGAGCCUGUGGAGAGACGAGCCAAAAAGAGGGACGCGGACUACAAGAGAGGCUGUGAGAUUCCAGAGGAGCCGGCGAGGUUCCACACGGGUCUGACUGGAGCGUUCUCCACCGUCCAGAUAGACAACUUUACUGCCUCGGCCGACACGGUUGGGGAAGGCGAGGAUCCGGUUCCGAAGCGAUCCAGCCCGAUAGAAGUAGCUAAAAGUCUGUUCUGUGAGCUGGAGGAGCCCGCCGAGGACGUGUUUGAGAGUGCAGGUAAAGACUUUUCACCUCCUCCCGGGGACAUCGACGUCUGCAGGAGCCUGAGUCUGGACUCUGACGGGUCCGCGCACGAGAUAUCGCUCACUUUUGACUCAGCUCAGCAGUCGAAUCCUUUCACAGCCAGUAUUUCAGCCUCAUACGAGAAGCAGCAGGAGGAUGGAGACUCAUCCAUGAUCGAACUGCCACCACAGACCCCGUCUGCUGCCUUCAACCAGACACCCAAACUCGGCCUUUUCGGGAAGAGAGCAGAAUCUCAGGGUUUCUUUUUCAACCGGCUCCAUGAUGAAGUCUCCGGCGGCUUGGCGCACUCCCCCGCCUUCCUCAAGCCGCGGAACGUGGUUGCGUUCCGCAGCUACUGCAGCUCCAUUAACCGCUCUAACCUGUCCGGGGUCUCUCGACUCAGCCUGGGCUCUUUGGACGGGAUGGACACGUCCGCAGCAGCUUCUCAUCAUUCGGUGUCUGGGACUGUAACGCCAGUGCAGCGACGAUCCGGCUCCAGCGCAUCCCUCUGUCAGACUCCUCAGCCCAUGUCGACCUCUCAGACCCCGUUCAGGACCCCCAAGAGUGUACGGAGGGGGGCGCAGCCUGUCGAGGGCGCUCCCAUCCUGGGAACCCCGGACUACUUGGCUCCAGAACUUCUUCUGGGAAUACCCCACGGUAUGGGUCAGUGCGACUGCAUGGUGGACUGGUGGGCGCUCGGCGUCUGCCUCUUCGAGUUCCUCACCGGCGUGCCGCCGUUCAACGACGAGACGCCUCAGCUGGUCUUCCAGAAUAUCCUCAACAGAGAUAUCCCCUGGCCUGAGGGGGAAGAGGAGCUGUCUGCUAACGCCAGGAACGCCAUUGAAAUCCUUCUGACCAUGGACAUGACCAAGCGGGCGGGACUAAAGGAGCUGAAGCGCCACCCCCUGUUUGACGGCCUGGACUGGGACAACCUGCAGAACCAGGCGAUGCCGUUCAUACCGCAGCCGGAGGACGAAACGGACACCUCGUACUUCGACGCCCGAAACAGCGCGCAGCACAUCGCCGUGUCCGGCUUCAGCCUGUGAACGCAGCUCAGCCUGACCUCGCCGUCACUUUCCUUCACAAUACACUGCAUUAAUGGGGAUUCUUGAAUGUUUGGUCUCUUUUUAAACCAUUUUAUACAUGUGCAAUCACCAGUUAUAAGAGACACUGAGUUACGAGCAUGGACUGCUAACAUCGGCUUCAUUAAAGAUACGGUUUGUUUCUUCCUGAUGAAAUAGAUUUGAAAUGUGUGCGUUUCCUCUUUCCUCUCAUUGUCACACACUGCUGCUGAGUGUUGCAAUGCUUCUGAAGAGAACACCAACUAAUAUAUACAUGGCAAAUGACAUUUUUUCAUUUGUAUAUCUUGCUAGUUAGUUUAUCUCAAUAUUUUCAAUAUUUUUAAAAGACUUGAUAUUAUUCCAAAAAUGUUUUUUUUUCUGUUAAUAUGUUGCUUUUGUUCCUAGUUUUGAUGUCACGU